AUGCCUCUCAGUAAAAUGAAUGAGCUCUUCAAGCUUGGGGAAGAUCGUCUGGUCCCAUUAGGGAUUGAAAAUCUGCCAGAGAUGCUAUUCUUUAUUUCUGAGGAGGAAAAUAUCCUGUCUUCUGACUCCUCCACAUCUGAUACCCCGGAAGAGGUGCCUGGCACUUUGACACUUAUUCCUUCCCAGAGGCCACAGAGUUCCUGUCCCUUCCCAACUGCCAUGGUGACCCCUAGACUGAGGCUAUCCGUGGAACAGGACUCCAGCAACCAAGUUGGGGAGGGGCCAAGCACCGGGCAGGACCCGGGAAACGCUGAGUCCUUUCUUAGAGAGGCACUGCGUUGCAAGGUGUUCGACCUGGUGAGGUUCCUGUUGCUGAAGUAUUGUGCAAGGGAGCCGACCACCAAGUCAGAAGUGCUGAGUCGCGUCAACAAGGAGCACCAGGACCACUUCCCUGAGAUCUUGAGCCGAGCCUCGCGGUGCCUGAGGCUGCUCUUUGGCAUUGAGGUGGAGGAAGUGGACCCCAGCGAUGGCGUUUAUUUCCUGGUCGCCACUGGGGGCUUCAUCUACGAUGCGAUGGUGGGUGAAGGGCCCGUUUUGCCCAACACCAGCCUCCUGGUCAUGCUCUUGUGUGUGAUUCUUGUGGAGGGCGACUGUGCCCCUGAGGAGGAAGUCUGGAAAGCCCUGAAUGGCAUGGGGGUGCACGAUGGGAGGGAGCAUUGCAUCUAUGGGGAGCCCAGGGAGCUCAUCACCAGUGUUUGGGUGCAGGAACUGUAUGUGGAGUACAGGCAGUUGCCCAACAGCGAUCUUGCUCGCUACGAGUUCCUGUGGGGUCCCAGGGCCCACGCUGAAACCACCAAGUUCAAUUUCCUGGAUUAUUUGCUUGGGGUCAAUAGCAAGGAUCUCAGUUUCUUCCUAAAUCUAUCCAAAGAGGCGGAGAAUGAUGAGGAAGAGAUGUCCUGA